AUUUGACUCCGCAUUUCGUCAUAUUGACAUGACCACCAUCAUGAUCAAGCUCAAUUCAUACAUCCUUGAACAAGAUACGGACACCCUCAUGGAACAACUAAACAUACAAACGCAAAAAGCUACCACGAGGACGCUGCAAGCUCUUUGCAGCAGCGCACAAUUAGAGUCCAUUCACUACAACCCCCCUAUUUUCUUGCCACAAUUACAAUCGAUCGCUCCGAGCAACACAGACGUUGCCCCACCACCUGAAGUCACUGAUUACCUCGAAAAGCUCGUUCAAGCAGCGCAAAAGACUGCGGAAUCUCAUUAUUGUGGAAGCUUUGUCGCGGGACAAAUCAGCGAAAGUGAUGAAUUUGCGGAUGUUGGUGUAUGGCUAGGGGAAGGAAACUAUCAAAGAAAUCACGAGAAGGAGAUCAUGCACAAAUUAGGGCUCGUUGCAUGGGCCGACGCUGAUAUAUACCAGAUGGAGGGUCUCUAUGAUGAGAAGCUGAAAGCAGAGGGCUCAGAAACGAGUGCCAUGGGAAAGUUGUUGGAGAGCCUCGAGGAUUGUCACCGGUUCCUUGUGCGCCGUCAAGACUCAUACUUUGCUUGCUUCCUCAUGGGUCGAUUGAAGGCGCAGGGAGGAUGGUGUGGGCUGGCGAGCAUCGGAGUAGAAACUUGAACGAGAUUUGAUGCGAGGUGCACUUUGAUCAGUGAACGAUACUGAUAUGUUGAGUUUAAUUCCAGUAUAUACUAAGGCUUGCGCGUGAUAGUCGAAUUGAAUGAAAUUAUACAGUAUGCGGAUAUGCAUUGAAUGAGCA